AUGUCUUCGGAUGGACUCAAUCGACGUAAAAGAGUUGUCAAUAGGAAUGGAGACACAAAUGAGGAGAACGUGUUUCAAGAAGACCCAAAGAUGUGGCAGAAAAGGAAACAGUAUUUCAGAGAAGAGUUGCCACAGAUUUACACGAAGAGCAAGAUUAUGAUUGCAGACAUCAAUAGUAGCGAAGUGAUGGCACUGAUUCGGGAUCUUCUGGACACCGACCCCUCCAAGAGAUCGAGUCUUAAGGAUCUGAUUGGUAAUCAUAGGUCUCUUCAAAGCUGUCCUAACAUUAGUAGACCACAAGUGGUGGUCGCGAACCGGCCCGCAAAUUGCACCAAAGCUACGGUGGCUAUGCUUGUGGACUACGUUUCUGCAGCCGACACCAAAGUCUUUACGGGUUGUACACCUUUGGCCUCCGCCGUAGAGGCAAACAACGCGGACAUUGAGAUGGCUUUACUCCUAAGGUGUACCAUCCUGAGCCCGAUGUCUGUGUCUAUGUUCUCCAGUAUAGAUUCCCUCAACUGUUCCUCUAUUUACAGAAUUUCAGGCCAAACUAUCACUUACUGCCAAAACAUGUGGAAUGGGGAGGACAUCGAUGGAGACGCUUACGAGGAAAACCUAGGAAUUGAGGCAUUUCCGCACGAGUACGACGAUAUGCAGGGAGCGUCCGAUACAGACAGCGACACCAACAGUGCCGACUCGAAUUUGGAGGGACGGGAGUCGAGUCAUGCAAAGAUACAGAGACUGGAGGCAUUGAUAGUGGGACUGAAGAAGGAGAUUAACCGAGUCUACACUUGCGAAGAGGUCUCGAGUAAGAAGCGUUUAGAAAUGAUUGAUGAAAAGCAACGAGUGAUCAGUGAAUUGAGGCGAAAUAGCGCCGUAGAUACCAAACGGCACGCGACAGCCAGGGCUCAGUGGGAAAAGGAGAGACAGGAGUGGUCCCAGAAAGUGACUGAUUUACAAGAUGAAGCAAAGGUUGUGAUCACUCAUCUGAAUCGCUUUAAAGGAGAAGCCUUUGAUUCGGCGGAUCAGUGCAAUGAUUUGGUGUUUGGAUUAAAUACAUGGGAGGCCAUGUAUUUAGACCUAGACAUAAAAAGCAAGGAACAGGUUUCGCACUUAAAUGAAGUGAUCGCAGAGUUGCAGCGAAAGGUCGGCCGACCGUCGGAAUAUCGGGAAAGUCUCGAAGAAGAUAUACGACGAUUGGACCGGGAAUUGGAGGCUAAGAAGAAAGAGACCAAAGCGAUGAAGCGUAAGCUCGAGAAGAGAAACGCUCAGAUGCGGGAGCUCUCGAUGAGGAUCCGACAGUUGGGACGGAUAGAUGAAGAGAUGCCGAAGACAUCAUUGAGCCAAGCGGUGGCCCGACUCGAUGAUGAAUACCAAGGCAUUUUUGAAUCCAUGAAUAACUUGAGCCAAAUGGUAGCCAACCUGAGCCCAGACUAA